CCAACUGGACCUAUUUUGGUCCUAAUGGGGAGAAGAGCUGGCCCAGGAACUACCCAUCAUGUGGGGGCCUGAUGCAGUCCCCAAUAGACCUGCACAGUGACAUCCUCCAGUACAAUGGCAACCUUGUGCCCCUGAAGUUCCAAGGCUACAAUGUGUCUGCCAAUGAGCAAUUUACGCUGAUCAAUAAUGGCCAUUCAGUGAAGCUGAAGCUGCCCCCGAGCAUGCACAUCCAGGGCCUCCCAUCCCGCUACAGCGCCGCGCAGCUGCACCUGCACUGGGGGAACCAGGAUGACCAGUACGGCUCCGAGCACACUGUUGGUGGGAAGCACUUUGCUGCCGAGAUGCAUAUUGUCCACUAUAACUCGGACCUGUACCCCAACGCCAGCACCGCCAGUAACAAGUCAGAAGGCCUCGCUGUCCUAGCUAUUCUCAUAGAGAUGGGCUCCUUCAAUCCAUCCUAUGACAAGAUCUUCAGUCACCUUCAAGAUGUAAAGUACAAAGGCCAAGAAGUGCACAUUCCAGCGUUCAGCAUUGAAGAGCUUCUUCCUGAGAGGCCUGAAGAGUAUUAUCGCUACAAAGGGUCCCUGACCACACCUCCUUGCUACCCCACAGUGCUCUGGACAGUUUUCAGGAACCCCGUACAAAUUUCGCAGGAGCAGCUUCUGGCUCUGGAGACAGCUCUGUACUGCACACAGGAGAACGACCCAUCCCCCAUAGAAAUGGUCAAUAACUUCCGGCGGGUCCAGAAAUUCGAUGAGAGGUUGGUGUACACCUCCUUCCGACAAGUGCAAGGCCCUACCUACACAGGACUGAGUCUGGGUAUCAUCUUUUCGGUGGCCCUGGCUGGUGCUCUCGGCAUCUGCAUUGUCCUGGCAGUAUCCAUCUGGCUUUACAGAAGGAAGAGGAGUAGCAAAAAAAGUGACAAUAAAGGAGUCAUUUACAAACCGGCCAUCAAGAAGGAGACUGAGGCCCAUCCCUGAGGCCCCAGGCACUUCAGGCUCAUCCAAGGAAGGACUUUGCUUUGGAUGCUACACACUGUGGCUCCCUGGACACUUGAAAUACCUGAGGAUUCUCUGGAGCUCAACCCACAGACAUGCCAGACCCUCGAGGGGCCUCUAGCCGGGCGCCCCGCCAUUCUCAUGCUACGGCCACUCUCGGUGCGAUCGUGGGUGGGAAGAGCUCCCCAAGGAGGCAGGAAUUCCGGGCUGUCUGCUUCAUCUGCGUGAGACCAGUAAGGGGUCUGGAUUCUGGGGACAUAAACCAUGUCACCUGGUGGGGGUGUUAUUGAUUGAAAAACACUUUUUAUUCAGGGGUUCACUCAAGUAUGCUUUCAAAUGUCCUGGAAAUUCUGCUCCCUAUCCAAGCCUUCAAAUCAGAAUGUGCUCCCUCUGCUUAGGUUCUGCUUUUGAAACCCAAGUUUGUUUUCUCAGGGAAGGUGGUGUUGUUUUGCUCUGAUUUCCUUUUUCUGUGACAAAACCUUUAGUCUGACCUGGCAACCUGGGGCACUUGUGGCGGGGGAGGGGGUGGGGGGGUAGGCACUGAUACAGGAAGGGUCAAGGUGUCUGAGACAAAAAGAAAACAAGAGAUAGUCUUUGAAAUAUAGUAGAGGCAUUUUCAAAGUCAUGUCCUUUAGAUCAGAUAGACCUUAGAGAAUGAGAAGACACAUAUGAUCUGGAAAGUCUCAGACGCUGUAAGUGUAAAGAGGACAUAGUGUUAAGCUCAAGACCAACCUCCUGCCAGUGGGGCAGUUAUGUUUUCUACCCUAUAUAUUUUAUAAAUAACUAGGCUAUUCCUUGAAAAUGUGCUGUUGCUUUCUCUCUCCUAGAGUAGAUAUGAGUACUGAGAAUCUAGAGAAAAUAGGCAGAUGCAAAAAUGAUUGAAGAACUUUGUCUCUUUUGCCCAAAUUUCAUUUCUGCCAGCUUUGUGGGGUCCCUACUCUCAACCUGGAUCUGAGACUUACCUUCUUCCCUGACAUUGAAGAUGCUGAACCAUGGCUGACUCAAAAAAUAUUUUCAAGGCAUAACAGCAGGAAGUUAUCUGUGCCGGGGCUGGCAGCAUGGUAUUUAGGGACCAAACUAAGGGAACGUUUGCAAAGAUUCCUCGUGGUCUUCCCCUGAAGCCCCAAAGGCAGUUUUUGAGAAGCUCAAACUCCUUCACUCUCCUCCCACUGAUGCAAGAGCUCCGUGGAGACCAGUUAGUUCCAUGACUGAGGAGCCUCCACCACCCGCCUCUCGUGGUCAGCACCUCACCGCUCACACAGAACUUCCUGGUGCAGUCUCAUGUCGACAGCGCAGAAUGUCCUCCUGAAGCACCAAUUUCUUUAUGUCAUCUUUUUCCUUCUGUUCCUCCCUCUGACCCUGAGAGGUCUU